AUGAGUUCAGAGGCAACCGCAAGUACUAACAACGAGAACGACACAUCAAAAACAGUUAUAAAAGACGCGGAUCUUUUUGUGCGAGAAGACACUAACAUUGCAAAUGACGAAGUUGAAACGUCAACUCCUCAGCAAACAACCGACCAGUCUACAUCCUCUGAUGCAGCAGCCGACCAAGAUCUCACCAAACGUGACGGCGCUGCGCUCACCGACGAACCACAGACGUCUCGAUCGGUCACAGCAGCUACAGAAGCGGAAGACGACGAGACAUUGGAAAACGAGCCACAGAGUGGAGAGUCGGACUGGCCGCUUAGAGAGAAAUUUGGCAUCGACGGCAAAGUGCACGAAGUCGAGCUGAACGAGAGGCGGCUUUUGUGGUGGCCCGCAUCGCAAACGAAGUCCGACAAGGCCACAAGAGUUGUGAGAGCGGUGGAAACAGAAAAGAAGGUGCUGGUGACGAACAUUUUUAGUGCGAAGUCCCGGAAUCGUAUCGUGCAGACGUCCAAGGGGCCGCUGAUGGUUCCGGCCGGAUAUACAGUGUUUUAUGUGAGUAAGAAGAAGGAGCCGAAGUGGAGGGAGAAGCGAGUGCAUUUUGAUCAUGAAGACGUUGAUGCGUGUAGGAGGUGGGCAGCUCAGGUUGAGAUACUGGCAAAGGGUUCGACGAGGCCUCGGAUGCUAAAGAUAUUCAUCAAUCCAGCUGCAGGAAAGAAAAAGGGCAUCAAGAUAUUUGAGCAAGCAGUCGCAUCCAUUCUCAAAAUAUGUGACAUACGCUGGGACAUAACCGUCACCGAAAGACCGGGACAUUUGUCAGAACUCAUCCAGCAGAUCGAUCUGGACAGCUAUGACGGGUUGGCCGUCGUCGGUGGUGAUGGUACCGUCAAUGAGUUGAUCGACGGUCUACUGAAAUCGACCUGUUUGGGUGCAACUCCUGAUAGAGUGUCGUCGUGUGAGACGAGGAUUGCUAUCAUUCCUGCAGGAUCUAACAACCACAUUGCGACGACACUGUAUGGCAUAGCCGACCCAGAAACAUCCGCAUUGCACAUCGUAAUGGGAAAGUCGCGAACGAUUGACAUUUUGUCUAUGGCUCAUCGUAACAAGCCGGUUCGGUUUGGUGUGAGUUGCGGUUAUGGUUUUCCUGCCGACUUCAUCGUACAAUCAAAGAAACACGGUUGGUUUAACAAGGCGGGAGUUCCUUCACUUCAUGCUGUUAAACAGCACCGACUGUAUCCAUGUCAAGUCCAUUUCUUGUUGGUCGACGAGCAGAAGGAAGGUGACAAGGCGGGGCAAUUCAAAGUGGCUGAGUGGAAGGUAGUGAAGGGAUCCAUUUCUGCCGUCGUCGUCAGUGCCUUGAAGAUGGCAUCGGAUGCUCACCCGGAUGGAUUGUGGCCUGAAGUGCAGGAUGAUGAUGGAUAUGGUCGGCUCGUUAUUGUGGAGGAAUGUUCUCGCAGUGAAGUCUUGAAGUAUCACAAAUGUUUGUCGAAGUCGAGGAAGAGACCGGAAGAUCUCGGGUUUGUCAACUCAUACAAAGUCAGGGCAGUCCGACUUCGUCCACUACAGAAGGAUCCUUCUCGUGGAACUAGUCCAAUAAAGGAAUCAAAGGUGGUAGAUCCAUCAGACUCCAAAACAGCCAACGACAUUCAAGAUACAUCAAAAGAGUCCGCUCCUAAGGUUAAUACCGAUGAGACCUGCAAAGAGGCAUCACCUCCUGUUCCAUCCAUUGUGGUCGAUGAACAGGAAAAUCAGACCCACCCAAAUGAUACAAAUCAGUCACAUGAGCAAGAACCGAAAGCGAACGACAAAACAGUGGGAAGCGAAAUCGAAGAGAUUGGAAAAACCAAACAACAGGUGUUUCUAAAUCCGUCUCCACAGCCUCAGCGCCAGCGACGUGGAUUCAGUUUUUCUCUACGUCAACGGCUGCGUACAUUUUCUCCGGGGCGAGCUACAAGAGCUACAACAAAAGUUCCGAAAAAGAAAGUAUCGUUAGAAGUAUUCUCGACGGCUGCUGGUGAUACAUUGGUCCGACGAAGUGGAGUAAGAGCAUCCUCUCCACUCCCUCCUGGUGGACCACCAGCAGACUACGAUGAUGCAGAUGUUGAUCCAGAGGUUACAUCACCUUGGGUGGUUGAUGGAGACCUAAUCAGGGAACCAUUCGUAGACAUCAGGAUCCACAAUAAUCUCAUCUCUGUGUUUGUGAGUGAGGCUGACAGAGCACGAGAGAACUCGCCGCUUGACUGAUUCGUUGCUGCUGUAAUUCGAGAUUCGUUCUAAAGAGAGAUUUAAUGUUGUUGCUGUAGUACGUAAAUGAAUGAGUGCAGCUUUACAGCUUUUCAAAACACUGUAGCUCUAAGACAGGCUGAUCAUCUAUGGUAAAAGGAAAUUUUAAGCAAGACAAUAGCACUGCUGUCUC